UGCAUGCUCCAACAUUGUAAACUCACCAAUGCGCCUGAGCGUUUUGACGAUGGAUCCGAGCCCACGUCCCAGCUGCGUUUGAUUCGUGUGUCUCAUGUAUAUUCCUAAUGUCACAGUUCGGCUGCCCUCAUGCAUGUUCUCAACCCUCUGCGGAUUCUCCCUCUUGUGUCCAGACGAGUGGAGGACCUGCGCUUCGCGUGUCUUUGGUCUGCCGAGUUGGUGCCGUGGUGUUGUUGGCUCCGCGUUGGACUGGAAAUUCGACUUGAGGUUGAGGUUGAGGAUCGGAUGGCGCAUCAUCAUUUUGUGCUCAUUCAUGGUGGUUGCUAUGGUGCAUGGGCCUGGUGCAAGCUAGAAGAUUGUCUCCAGAGGAAGGGCUGCAAAGUGACAGCCCUAGACAUGACCGGCGCUGGCAUCCACCCUGCCGACCCUGACUCCAUUACCACGUACGAGGAGUAUCACCAACCUGCGCUAAUUUUCUUUGAAUCUGUUCCUGAGGGCAACCUUGACAAGAUGAGUAAGGCUCCUGCACCGUUUUGCAAAAGAAUCACGUUUAACUUCAAAAAUGGAAUCGAGAAUGCUCCCACGUCUUUCUAUUAUCCAACUUCUGAGUUGAGAGAUGUAUUUUAUGGCGAUUGUGAUUCACAGGAUAUUGUGUUGGCUUCAAAACUGGUGAGGCCGUAUCCGAACCGAAUGUUGGCGACGCCGAUUACAUACACCCAAGAAAGGCAUGGGCAGGUGCCGGCUGUAUAUAUCAAGUACUCUCAAGACAACGCGUUUCCUCCACAAGCACAAGAGUACAUGGUGAGCCAUUACGGGCCCUUUCAAGAGGUAAUAGAGCUUGAGGGAAGUCACUUCAACUUCUGGGCAAGAGUGGAUGAUUUCACGACCCUGAUUGUGAGCCUUGCCAACAAGUACACAACGCAAACCAGUAGUCCGGUCUAUCACGCCACAACACAGGUCACUUGACGCACAGGUUCUCAAUGCUUCGGCAUUACUGAACACCUUUCAAGGUUUUAGGGCUUCGUCAAGAAUGAAAACUUUACGAUCAAUCUGAGCAGAAUUCUUAAAUUCGUAGACGAUGCAAUUUUGUUUCAACGUUGGGAGAAAGGGAGUGAUUUGAAGUUGUUACUUCACUGAAAACCAACUGUCAUUUGUGUUAUUGGAAUCUUGGUUAAUAGCGACACUAUACGUAAAAGUUGCUUGAUACACUGCCAGGAUUACUAUCCAUCGGAAUCUUUCCUUAUUUGAAACUUUUAGCCUGAUAUGGUCUAUAAAGGACGCGAUUAUUCUAUUCAAAACCUCUAAACUAGCUACAGCCUCCAUCACAAGCAGUUCGAGAGCUCACAACCCGGAGAUGGACCUAGAAACCAGAUGUAGGAUACAAGUAGAGUGACACCGCUGAAGUUCAUCUAAGCCGUUUGGCCCCGAAAGAUUGUAUUUCAGCACUAGGUUGCCUUCUGUGUCGACACAUCCGCAACAAUCUGUAUUUCACCGACGAGCUUCAUUUUUCAAUCUUUGUUACUUUUCCACGUGCUACAACUAAAAAACAAACAAUUAUACGUCCAGUAUGCGCGCUUGUUCCAAAUGCACGAGUGAAGAAUUUCAGUCAGCCGUAUUGGGAUAUACAUGACCCAAAUACCUCCCGAAAGAGUGUACGUAACUGAGACCAGGAAGCCUAGAAGUCAUGGAAUUGUGGAGCUCAUGGUCUACAUGGACAAAUCCUCUCAAAAUUGAGAUGAUGCUGCGGUGACUCGACGAAUCGAUGAGAGUUGCUACCGAUCCAGGUCUUUUGGACUUGGUCAGGAUGGUCUGCUUCAAAAACACGAUCCAUUUCUUCGAAGAAAUAUGCUUACUGAGAGCAUUGAAUGCGAGUCAGACGGAUUAAUCCAACGCGCUCAUUUCUUUGCUUUUUCUAAUAAAGUAUUAAUGAAGUAUGAUAUGGUUUGUUUGAGCAUGUAAUACUAAGUUGUAAACAAAUCAAAGGCAUAAUUGAUUAUUGCUAUAGAUAUGUGUUAGAUUAGUAGAACAAAUAUUUGACUCUUGCAUUAGUUGCCAAAGAUAAAUAAUGUCUUUUGUAA